CAUUUUCACAAUCAGUUCAUCAUCUCUCUGUGUUCUCUCUCUCCCCCACUUCCCAAUUUCCCUCUCUCUCUCUCUUUCUUUAUGCGGGUUCUUGCUGGGACACAUUUGUUUUCAUUUGAAUCUUGAUGGCCAUGGCGGUUCCUCUUACCUGUAGCCACUCAUGGAGCUCUUCCGAUUCUGGUCGUGCCCUUCAAUUCCUCUUCUCUCGUUACAGCCUCACUGGUUCGUACUUGCUUAAAAAUUGCGUCGGAAGUGGAGCUCGACUUUCAGCCAGCCGUGAUCGUCGAGUUUUUUGCCAAUCUAAGACAGAGACAUUGCAGUUAAGGAGGUAUUCUCCUUUCCUAGAAAGUUCAUUCGUGCCAGGUAAUAGUGCAACGGUAUCUGAUGAGUGGCAAACAGUUCCUGAUAUUUGGAGGUCUUCAGCAGAGAGGUAUGGCGAUCGAGUAGCAUUAGUGGAUCCAUACCAUAAUCCUGCUUCAAAAAUGACUUAUAAAGAGCUAGAGCAGAAUAUCUUAAGCUUCUCUGAAGGCCUUAGAGCCAUUGGAAUAAAGCCGGAUGAAAAGAUUGCACUCUUUGCUGAUAAUUCAUGUCGAUGGCUUGUUGCUGAUCAAGGUAUAAUGACUAUUGGAGCAAUUAAUGUUGUUAGAGGUUCAAGGUCAUCAAGUGAGGAGUUGUUGCAAAUAUACAAUCACUCUGAAAGUGUAGCCUUAGUUGUGGACAAUCCUGAAUUGUUCAAUCGGAUUGUAGAAACAUUUCGUUUGAAGGCAUCCAUGAGGUAUAUCAUUCUCUUAUGGGGGGAAAAGUCAAGCUUGGCUGAUGAGGGAUUGGAUGGUAUUGUAGUUUUUGAUUUCAAUGACAUCAUGGAUAUGGGACGAAAGAGUCGUAAAGUUAUGCUUGAUUCUCAUGAUGCUAAGCAGGAUUAUAUAUAUGAAGCUAUCAGCUCGGAUGAUGUUGCCACACUUGUGUAUACAAGUGGGACAACUGGAAACCCUAAAGGUGUCAUGCUUACCCAUCGGAAUUUAUUGCACCAGAUAAAGAAUUUGUGGGAUAUUGUACCUGCUAAAGGUGGAGAUAAAUUUCUAAGCGUGCUUCCACCUUGGCAUGCAUAUGAACGGGCUUGUGAGUAUUUCAUAUUUACAUUUGGAGUGGAGCAAGUUUACACGACAAUAAAAAACUUAAAGGAUGAUCUUCGUCAUUGUCAACCAGACUAUCUGAUUUCUGUUCCAUUGAUAUAUGAAACACUAUACAGUGGAAUUCAAAAACAAAUAAUGGCAAGCUCCAAUACACGUAAGCUUAUUGUGCUUGCAUUUAUACAGAUUAGCUUAACUUAUAUGGAGUUAAAGAGGAUUUACGAGGGAACCUAUCUAACAAGAAGCCAGGUUCAACCUUCACAUCUUGCCUCAGCAUUGGAUUGGUUAUUGGCAAGAAUGACUGCUUCAAUAUUGUGGCCAAUUCAUAUGCUGGCAAAGAAAUUAAUCUACAGUAAAGUUCAGUCUGCAAUUGGAAUAUGGAAGGCAGGCAUAAGUGGAGGGGGCAGUUUGCCUUCACACGUGGAUCAAUUUUUUGAGGCAAUUGGCAUCACAGUGCAGAAUGGGUAUGGUUUAACAGAAUGUUCUCCUGUUAUUGCUGCUCGACGACCUACCUGUAAUGUUCUUGGUUCGGUUGGACAUCCAAUUCGGCAUACAGAGUUCAGGAUUGUAGAUUUUGAAACUGGAGAUGUUCUCCCAGCUGGAUCAAGAGGCAUCGUUGAAGUCAGGGGACCUCAAGUGAUGAAAGGUUACUAUAAGAACUCAUCUGCUACACAACAAGUCUUGGACGAAGAGGGUUGGCUUAGCACUGGGGAUAUUGGGUGGAUUGCUCCUCACCAUUCAAGAGGCCGAAGUCGGCGUUCUGGAGGUGUAAUUGUUCUUGAUGGGCGUGCAAAAGAUACCAUAGUUCUCACAACAGGUGAAAAUGUUGAACCAACGGUUCUUGAAGAAGCCGCUAUGAGAAGUAGUCUCAUUCAACAGAUUGUGGUUAUAGGCCAGGACCAACGACGACUAGGAGCGAUUAUAGUUCCCAACAAGGAAGAAGUGUUAUCUGCAGCAAAAGAUUUGUCUGCUGUAGAUUCCAGUUUCUCUGAGCUUAGCAACGAAAAACUUACAAACAUGAUUUAUAGUGAAGUAAGAAAGUGGACCUCAGAUUGUCCCUUUCAAAUUGGACCAAUCCUCAUUGUCAAUGAACCAUUCACAAUUGAAAAUGGCUUACUGACGCCGACGUUGAAGGUUCGAAGAGAUAAAGUUGCUGCUCAUUACAAGAAGCAAAUAGACAAUCUAUUCAAGUAACUUGGGAAUUUGUCAAUUAAGUGAAAGCUCUGUUCAUUUUCAGGUAAGCAAAUGCUCAUAAAUUUGAAGGCAAAGUGUUUUCUGGUGCAAGCUUUGAGAUUAUCUGAUGUUUAAGAAACUCUUUUACCAUUUGAACUCUGUGGUAAAUAGUGUGUCUAUUCUAAGCUUGUUCGUCAUGUUGAUAACCAUGACCAGAUGAAGUCCUAUCUUGGAUAAAUCUCGAAAAAAUAAUAAAAGAUUAUAAUAACUCUUGAUUUUUUCCAAUAAAACGUGCGUAUUCGGACC